AUACUUAAUGCACGUCCCCUCCCGCACUCCACUCUCCUCCUCCGCCUCUCUCGUUCUCUCUCUCGUGGAAUCCGGAAAGAACAAGAUCUCUCCUCGCUUUUGCCCUCUGUCUUCCCUCUGCUCCCUAGGAGCGAUCCCGAUCCCAUGGUUGCUGCCGCUUCACCGACGGGGAACUCGGACGCCCACUGCUCGUUGCCAUCGUCGUCGCCGGUCGCCCCGAAACCGGAUGACGAAGACGCCUCCGGAAACUCAACCCUCGCGCAAUCUGUGGAGUGCUGCGACCGCCGGGACGGCGAUAUGUUGAACCAGGUAUUGUCGAAUAGGAGCGAAGAGUACCGGUUGCUGUUCCGUCUUCCUUCUGAGGAGGUUCUUAUUAAAGAUUUUAACUGUGCCUUCCAAGAAAACAUCCUUCUUCAGGGUCACAUGUAUUUAUUUAUCCACCAUAUCUGCUUUUAUUCAAAUAUAUUUGGAUUUGAGACGAAGAGAAUAAUACCUUUACACCAGGUAACUGCUGUCCGUAAAGCAAAAACAGUUGCAAUUUUUCCUAAUGCAAUUGAAAUUUUUGCUGGAGGGAAAAAGUAUUUCUUUGGAUCAUUUUUGGCACGUGAUGAAGCAUAUGGAUUUAUCAUUGAUAGUUGCACACAACAUGGCGUCGACAUAAAAACCAUGGAUACAAAAUCAGAGGGCAGCAACCAAGGCAAUGGAUCCAUUAUUGAGAAAAUACAGGAAUGUAAUCCUUUGGCAGAUGAUUCAUCAUCUUCAAGCAGAUUUAAGGAUGCUAAUGCCAAAGAGGAAUUAAAUCCUCUGCUGAAUGGUGAAGUCAGGGAUAUCUCCUUAAAGCCUUCAAAAUUCAAAGAAAAUGAAUGUGAAGAAAAUUUUAAUGAGUCAUCUUUGGAAAUCCCUUUCAUAUGGAUCGAUGAGGAUAUUGAUGCACCCACAGUUCCAGAAGGUUUUACUAUUGUUGCAGAGUCAAAGUUUCCGCUACUUGUCAAGGAGUUUUUCAAUCUAUUUGUUUCCAAUGAAGCUCUUGACUUUCUGAGGGAUUUCCAUUCAAGAUGCGGCGACAAGGAUUUUCAGUGCACUUCUUGGCGUAAGCAUGAACUAUUUGGGUAUACCCGGAACAUUUCAUUUGUGCAUCCUGUCAAAGUAUAUCUUGGUCCUAAAUUUGGGAAUUGCCAGGAGGUUCAGAAAUUUCGUGUAUACAGGAAUAGCCAUUUGGUGAUUGAAACGUCACAGCAUGUUAGUGAUGUACCUUAUGGGGAUUAUUUUGAGGUUGAGGGUUUCUGGGAUGUUGUACAAGAUACCAGUGGAGAAAAUAGCUGCACUGUAAAAGUAUAUUCUAAUGUGGCAUUUUCAAAGAAGACCUUGUUCAAGGGGAAGAUAGAACAAUCAACUAAGGAAGAGUGUCGAGAAGUUUAUGCUACUUGGAUGAUCUUUGCUCAUGAUACACUAAAGGGAAGGGAACAAAAUGUUCAACAAUCAAAAGAAGAUGGAAUUUUUGAGAAGAGUAAUUGUGUGGUUCCUGACAAAGGCGUUGAAUUUACAAGAGCUCCAGAGUCGAUAGAAAAUCCCAUAUCAACUUCAAGAAACCUUCUAUGCAACGUCAAUGAGAUGAGCAAUAAACCAGGGGUCGAUGACAUUGUCAACAAACAGUCUGAAAAAUGUUCACUACUGAUGUCUACAUUUCGAGAAUCAUGGGAAAACUUGCUUUCAUAUAUGAGAAGACACAGUUUAGUGCCUUUGCUUUUAGCUGGAGCAUUCUUUGUGAUUAUCCUACUACAGUUAAUCAUGAUUCUUGUGCUAACAAGAGUUCCUGAAGUGCAUGUGGUUACCCAUGGAAACUAUAUCAGUGAUGGUAGUGCAUAUAAUGUUGAGAAUGUCGAGUGGUUAGAGAAGCGUUUCAACUACCUCAAGGAAGAAUUGGUUAUGAUGGAAACCCGAGUGGAGAGAAUGCGUCAUGAAUAUGCCUUGUUGAGGUCUCAUCUUCAAAGUCUCGAGCGGCUGAAGUUCAAGAAGUCAUGACAGCAAAUAUGGUGCAUGUACCGGCACCUGAAAGCAACCUCACUAAUCUAGAACUUCUCUUUUCUUUGGAAAGUUCUGUAACUAUGCCAAAUUUUAAUCAUUUUUUUUACAGGAAAAAAAUAUCGUAGAGCAAACUUUACUGAAGGAAAGUUUUUUCUCCUUAUUUGUUCUGCAAACCUCAAGCUUCCGAACAUUUCCAUUUGCUUACGUAUCUGAAUACUGUGUUGCACACUGAUC